GCCCGGCCACGCGCCCAGCCGCAGCGCCGUCUGGGUGGCGGACAGCUGGAUUUACCAGGAGCGCGGCAGCGAGGAGCGGCAGGCCACGGGCGGACGCGUGCCGCGGGCGGCGUACCGGGAGGCUCGCGCCGCCACGAGCGGCAGUCUGCUGGAGCCGCGGCCGCCGCGGGCCGCGGCAGCCGCUGGGCAGCCGCUGGGCAGCGCCGAGCUGCCCGCGCGCGCGCGCGCCGCUGAGGGGCAGCUGGCGGACGGGCGCCCGCGGCCGCAGCUGCACGCGGGCCUGUCCCACAGCGGCAACAGCCUCUCGAGCAGCACGGCCUCCGCGCGGCGCUCGCCGCAGCUCCCGCGCCGCCCGCAGCACCCGCUGCAGCAGCACCCGGCGAACAGCAGCAGCAGCAUGUGGACUGCCGACUCGACGAGGCCACCCUCGCGGGCGCUGAUGCCCCAGGAGACCCAGUCCUCCUACUCGAAGUCGACGGACUGCACGUCGCGGCGGGCAACGCGGCAGG